CCAGUUAGCUAUUGUCUGUCCCUUUGGUAGAAAACUAAAAACCGUUUCUUCUCUCUCACACAUACACUUUGCUCUCCCACGAAGAAAAAUCGAUUCCUUCUCCCCCCUCUUCUGUCUCUAUUUCUAUCUCUAUAAUAUUAUAUAAUAUAAAUAUUUUGAUUUCUUGGAACGUGAAUCUGUUAUUUUCAACAGGGAUAGAGAAGUGGGGUCUUUGCGAUUCAGGCAAGUUAAGAUCAUCUCCGAGGAUUAUUUGGUAGUGGGUUCUUGUUGCUAUUUGUAUAUAUUAGGAUUAGAAUUUGAGUCUUUGUUUCUGUUGUUGCUUUUUGGACUCUGGUUCCAAAUACUCUUGAGGCCCUUUUUUUUUUACCAUUUUUUGACGAAUCUGUUGGAGAAUAGAUAGUGUUUGUUGCGUUGGCAAUUCUUAGAGAUGUCGAGUUACAUGGGUGUUCAUGUCUCCGAUCAAUGGCUGCAAAGUCAGUUUAUGCAGGUUGAGCUUCGCAGCCUUAAGUCAAAAUUUAUAGCAAUAAAGAAUCAGAAUGGCAAAGUUACUGUUGGAGAUUUGCCGCCUGUGAUGAUCAAAUUAGAAACUUUUAAUUCAAUGUUUAAUGUGGAGGAGAUAACUGGGAUAUUGGACGAGUUGCAUGCUGACUUAAGCAAUGAGAUUGAAUUUGAGGACUUCCUCAAGGCAUACUUGAAUUUACAAGGUCGAGCUCCUGCAAAAUCAGGGGCUUCUAAGCAGAGUUCAUCUUUCCUCAAGGCCACAACUACGACUCUUCUUCACACAAUUAGUGAAUCUGAGAAAGCAUCUUAUGUUGCUCACAUAAAUAGCUAUCUCGGGGAUGACCCAUUUCUGAAGCAGUUUCUUCCAAUAGAUCCAGCUACAAAUGAUUUAUUCAAUCUGGCAAAAGAUGGAGUGCUAUUAUGUAAGCUCAUCAAUGUUGCAGUGCCAGGGACAAUAGAUGAACGUGCCAUCAACACGAAACGAUUUCUUAAUCCAUGGGAAAGAAAUGAGAACCAUACCCUUUGCCUCAAUUCUGCAAAAGCUAUUGGAUGCACGGUGGUCAACAUUGGCACACAGGACUUGGUGGAAGGAAGACCUCAUCUGUUGCUUGGGUUGAUUUCUCAGAUUAUAAAGAUCCAACUGUUGGCAGACCUUAGCCUUAAGAAGACACCUCAGCUUGUGGAAUUGGUGGAUGACAACAAUGAUGUUGAGGAGCUUAUGGGAUUGGCCCCUGAAAAGGUCUUAUUGAAAUGGAUGAAUUUCCAUCUGAAAAAAGCAGGCUACGAGAAACCUGUUUUGAAUUUUUCUUCUGAUUUGAAGGAUGGAAAGGCUUAUGCAUACCUGCUUAAUGUUCUUGCACCAGAGUACUGCAGUCCAUCUACGUUGGAUACCAAGGAUCCUAAAGAAAGGGCUAAGCUGGUUCUUGAUCAUGCAGAGCGGAUGGAUUGCAAACGAUAUUUAAAACCAGAAGACAUUGUUGAAGGAUCUCCAAAUCUGAAUCUUGCAUUUGUGGCACAAAUAUUUCAUCAAAGGAAUGGCCUGACUACAGACAGCAAAAAGAUUUCCUUUGCUGAGAUGAUGACUGAUGAUGUACAAACUUCUAGAGAAGAAAGAUGUUUUCGACUAUGGAUUAACAGUCUUGGAAUUGUUACAUAUGUUAACAAUGUAUUUGAGGAUGUUAGAAAUGGAUGGAUACUAUUGGAAGUGCUUGACAAGGUUUCUCCAGGGUCAGUUAACUGGAAGCAUGCAUCUAAGCCUCCAAUCAAGAUGCCAUUCAGAAAGGUAGAGAAUUGCAAUCAAGUGGUACGGAUUGGUAGACAUCUGAAAUUUUCCCUUGUCAAUGUAGCUGGAAAUGAUAUUGUACAGGGAAAUAAGAAGCUCUUACUUGCUUUCUUAUGGCAGUUAAUGAGAUAUAGCAUGCUUCAACUCCUCAAGAACUUGAGAUCCCACUCCCAAGGGAAGGAGAUAACUGAUGCAGAUAUUCUAAAAUGGGCAAACAAUAAAAUUAAACAAACAGGAAGAACUUCCAAAAUUGAGAACUUUAAGGAUAAGAGCCUAUCAUCUGGAAUAUUCUUCCUUGAGCUUCUCUGUGCUGUCGAGCCAAGGGUGGUUAAUUGGAACCUCGUCACCAAGGGUGAAAGUGAUGAGGAGAAGAGAUUGAAUGCUACAUACAUUAUCAGUGUGACACGGAAACUAGGCUGUUCAAUUUUCCUGUUGCCAGAAGACAUCAUGGAGACUUCUUGUACACAUGGUUGCUCAUAACAUCAUUGCCCCCAUUAAUACGGCACCUGUCCUCAAGUGCAAAAGAAAGAAAGCGGUUGCAAAGAGAGUGAACAUCCUCCCAAGAAGAGACUGUAGGAGACAACUCGUCCCAAUGUACUAAAACCUGGUGCUCAUUGUUAACUGAACGAGAAUCAAGAAUUGCUUUCGGUAGAGGGUCAAUUCCGCCUUGUGUAAGAACAGGCAAAGAGGGUUCCAUGGGAAUUGAAGUGACAUGGAAAGGUUUAAGGCAGGACACAUGAAAAACAGGGUGUAGUUUGGAGGAGGGAAGGUCUAAUUUGUAAGCCAUAGAACCCACUUUGGCUAAAAUAGGGAAGGGGCCAUAAUAAUGAGGGGAGAGUUUAGUGUACCUUUUGGAAGAGAGGCUAAGUUGGCAGUGAGGCUGAAGUUUAAAUAGAACCCAAUCACCUAGUUGUUACUGAACAAGACAAUGUUUAGCAUCAUACCUUGCCUUCAUGGAAUUUUGAGCCUAAAGUAAUCGGUUGUGAAGGUCUUGGAGCACCAAGUCUCUGGUUUUUAAUUCUUGAUCCACGGUGUCAAGUUUAGCUAAGCCAGGACAAGAAGACAACAUAGUGGGAGGAGAGCGGCCAUACACCACUUCGAAGGGAGUAGCUUUAAGAGAAGAGUGGUAGCUAGUGUUGUAACAGUACUCCACCCAAGGCAGCCAUUGAAACCAGUGGCGAGGAUGGUCACUUGUAAAGCAACGCAGAUACAUCUCGAUAGUGCAAUUGACAAUCUCUAUUUGUCCGUCA